AUGGCUGCACAUGCUUCUACCUUCAGCCCUCUCUUCCUAGCUCUCAUCGUCUUGGCUCUCGUCACGGGCCCUGCCGCCUCCCAACCCAUAAGCCCGGUGGGGUCCCGAUCACCGUCGGCCUCGGACCUUAUGGCACGACUGAAGCUGUCAGAUGAUCCGGAAGCGCCGAGCUGCUGGGACUCGGUGUUUGAGCUACAGGCUUGCACCGAAGAGGUCAUAACGUUCUUCAUGAGCGGGGAGACUCACUUGGGCGCGGGAUGCUGCCAAGCCAUUAGGACCAUAGAGCACCAUUGCUGGCCCGGCCUGAUUGGGACGCUCGGCUUCACCGAAGAGGAAGGAGACAUCCUUGAGGGCUACUGCAACAGUGCAAUAGAACCCGAAGGCUGA